AUGUCGGACGCGCGUAACAACAACUAUUCGCUGAAGGAGUAUGCCGAGGCGCAGCGCGAGCUCGGCUCGUGUAUGCCCGAAUUCAAGGAUAGCGUGAAGCGGAUGACGAAGGCCGGCCUCUUCUUCGGCAUCCCGCUCGGCGUCUACGUGAGCUACGUACACGGUCAUCGCCAAGUCAAGCCCAUCUUCGUUAAGACGCUGGCAACGACACUGGCCUCGGUGAUGACGUUCGCCUCGAUGGGGCUCGUCAUCGGCACGUUCAAUUGUCUACGCGUCAAGAUGAAC